AUGUCUUUGCCCAACCAGAACGCUCCUCGCAUGCGACGUCACAAGCGUCGCGUCAACGACGACGGCUCUCAACUCGCUCACGCCGUCCGAGCUUUCGUUGAUCAGCAGUUUGACGAAUCCUCUCCCCUUCUCGCACGCCAGGCUGACGGCGCCAACGGUGUCGGCCCAGGUGGCGAUCGCGGCAACGCGAACCCCCCCGGUAUGGGCAGCUUUGGAAACACUGGCACCGGUUCUGACUCGAGCAAUGGCGACUCCAACUCCAACUCUGCUACUACUCCCACAUCCACCCGCGGUUCCGGUGGUCGCGGCAACAGCAACGGCAAUGGAGACACCAACACCCGAGCCACACCCACAGCUACCACCACCACUCCUCCUCGAAACCUCUACACCAGCAUCUCUACCUCCUCUUCUCCCGGUGGCAUCCAAGGCCUCCUCCACACCAUUAGCAACGACAUUCUCGGCGGGGCGGGCAGCUCCACGAGCUCUACCCUGAGCUCUACUGCCACCUCGACCACGUCGUCUUCCUCGUCCACAUCGACACCUUCCACAUCGUCCAGCACCAGGUCCUCGUCCUCCUCGAGUUCCUCAUCUUCGACUUCGAUCGUCCCCAUCACGGCCACCGCUGUCGUCACCGCCACCCCCACUGGUAACCUUUCUGCUGCUAGCGCCUCGGCGACCCCCAAGUCGUCCAGCUCCUCGGCAGGUCCCAUCAUUGGUAUCGUCGCUGGUGCGCUCGUCGGCGUCGUGGUGCUUUCAGGUCUUAUCGGCUUCCUCUUCAAAAAGUACAGGAAGCAGGACGACCCUUACGAGUCGAACCCCUUCGACAGGGACGCUUUCCAGCGCCACUCUGCCAUGAUCCCAGACCACUUCGAGUCGGACGAGGGCCAUGGUGGUUCUGGUGGCAUGUCGCCCGAAAUGUCCGAACACUAUCAACAGUACAAUAACUUUGGUCCCCAGUACGAGUCCGGUAUCAGCGCCGGUGCCGCUGGCGCCAUGGGUGCCAUGGCAGCACACAACGAGACGGGCGGCCCUCGCCCCCCGACCAUGUUUGCCAAGCACGCUGCUGGUGUACAGCAGAACCAGCCUCAGGUCGGCGCUUACUACAAGGACGGCGACUUCAACAACCAAAUGCCUUCCUUGCCGCCUCACUCGGACUACCAUGCUCCUCCCGUCGCCGCUUUUGCCAACCACCACGCUGAUCAGCAGUACCUCGACGAACCCGGGUUUGGCCAAGGUCACCGCUCCAUCUCGCCGGCUCCUCAACUGCCACCCCUUGCCGCAUUCGGCGGUGACCCAUACUCGAUUGCCGGUGUGGGCCGUGGCCAGCAGCAGCCUCACAACGUCGCCAACCCCUAUGCUCACUUGGAUCGAUCGCACAGCGGUGCUGCCAUGAAUGCUGGCUCGUUUGUGCCCGGUUCGAUUGUCAGCCCUGGGCACCACGGUUCAGGAUCUGUGUCGUCGGGAAGCGAGUCGGCUGACCAGCGCCAUGCGUCAAUCAACGCUGCUGAGGCGCUGGCUGCGGGUCUGGCGCACCAGUCGUCGCUCAACCGCUCGGCUAGCCCUAAGCACGAUGCUACUAUGUAUGACACUGCGGGUCGCCCAGGCACCUCGGAGGGUCGCUCGGGCACUCCGGACAUCCCGAAUGUGCAGCAGACGUAUGCGGUGCCUGGGGAUGGUGCUGGUGGACACCGCAUCAGCGCUGGAUCACAGGACAUGCUCAACGGCGGCCGUGUGUCGCCUUCGGGCGCUGCGCUGAGGAACCCUUUUGACAACCCAGCCCCACACCACCAGCAGGCACAGCCCCAACAGCAGCAGCAGCAGCAGCAGCAGCAGUUGAGCGCUCACCAGCUGUCGGUGCGCAACCUCGUCCCCAACCACGCCGGCGCAGGCGGACUCUCUGCCGGCCAGAGACCCGUUUCCACCGCCAGCUCCUUCGCUGACCCCGAAGACGCAUAUGGAGGCGUGUAUUAA